AUGGUGAGUGGCCGAGUCGCUCUUGAAGACUUGAGAAGGGUCCCCGCCGUGGGAGUCUUCCGACUGGAAUUUAGGCCUGGCAAAACGGGCGGGCGGGUCGGGUUUGGGCGGAUCACUAACGGGCCGGGUCAUAAACGGGCGGGUCAUAAACAGAGCUUUGUGGAGCCUGGAGGAGACCUGGAGACGACGACUCAAGGUGUGGAGUGGACCGAUUGCAGACUCACAGCACCGGCAGAUCCGGCGACUCGGCAAGCAGCAGCGCACCAGAGGAGAGGGGAGGAGAGGAGAGGACAGGUCGGGGCCGUCCGGCACGUUGCAGGCUUGCAGCGCACCAAAUCCAAAGGAGAGGCUGAGAGAUUGAGACUCGAGAGCCGCGGCAGCGGUGGCAACGGCGCGGGUUAGUCUUAGAGACUUAGAGCCCUUAGGGUUUUUUUAACUUUUUUGUGUUGAGUCUGUUGACUGAGACU